CCCCUCUUUUUUUUGAACGGGGAAAGGCACCCAUGGUGCCAACUUCAUUCAACUCAGUAACAGUGUAAAGCAUGAAUUACAACUCCCUCAAUGUUGCAAGAAGACAGAGUCCUCUGGCCCCUCACAUCUCGUCAUUGCAGCGGCGGCGGCGGCACCGGAGGGACGACCCGGCGGCGAGGACUACCUCUCUCGCGCGUGGAGUACUUCCCUUACCGCUCUCAUGCGGUAGCGACUCGGAGGCACCGUGGGCGGUGCAAGAUCUGGGCGAGCUCAGCAGGACAACAGUGUUCUCCGGCGUUCCUCUCCAUCGUCGACGGUAUUAUCAUCAGUUUUCAAGCUUUGGGUGCCUGCAGCCGGCUCGACGGGUGGCAUCAGCAAGCGCCGGCCUCGGCACUGCUGCGGGUGGUUAUAUGGUGGGCGGAGCACACUAGUGGGCUUCAACGUCAGGGGAUACGUUCAGCAUGCUUGUGAGGUACACAUUUUUCAGGUCCAAUUAUAAGUGUUUGCUUGAUUUAUUGUUCAAAUUUCAUGUUCUAAUGAUGCUCCUUCACUUCAAUACAGCGUUGGCAUGUAGGACGACUAUCUAUCCAAAUUAUCAUGUACAAUUUUUUUUAAAAAAAAUUGUCUCUUCUUCUGCAUGUCUCUAAGGCAUAAUUUGUGAUCUAUCAUGAGAUAAUGAUUAUUUCUUCUUCUUUCUUAACAUGCGGCUAGUUGCUAUGAAAAUUUAACACAUACAUCAGCCUUUUGUCAUUGAAACAAAAUCAUAUGUGCCAAGUUUCUACAUUCCGUUGAAGCUUGCAGAUUUACCAUCUAACUUGGCACAUUAUUGAAACAAAUCGUAACCAUGGAUUCUAUAUGGAAGAUCGACAUAUCAUUUUUACACUAGAUUCAUGUAUACUCUAAGGAAUUAAUUUUCUUCAGCUUCAACCCAUUUUCCUAUCUUGCAAAGCUGUCCAUUCAAGUAUGAUCAAUUUCUACUAUGUGACUUAAUACAUUUGUAACACUGGCAUAGUGACAUUGACAUGCUUUUCUUUUCCAUCCCGUUUAAUAUUGAUUCAUCUACAUGGUUAUAUGCAUGUCUUUGCAUACAUUACUUAUCCAUUCUGCUAUUGAUUAUUUCCAUUUUUCAUCCCGGCAGUACGCUGAUAGCUUAUGCAGUCUGCUAUUAAUCAUUACCAUUUUUCACCCUGGCAGUAUGCCGAUAGCUAUAAUCGAGUUAAUAGUUCCAAAAUGUUGGUUCACAAUUAUUUGUCUAUUUGGGAAGCACAUGGUUGGCUUCGGCGGGUGGCAUGACCUUUCCAUUCUGAAUUUAAGUUGGUCUGAAAAUUUUGAACUAUGCCAUGGAAUAGAAAAGAUAUAACUUCCCUUCAUAUCGCUGAUUCUUCUUAGUCUUCCUUUUGUGAAGUUGUGUAGCAAUCUUCCUUUUCCUAUAUGUAAUUCGAUUUUCUUAGGAAUACUCUCCAU